GAUGAGUGGUGUUCAGAAAACUCUAAUUUAUUGAGGUAAGGUUAGCUGCAGGAUCGCAAAAAUACACAGUGACUGAGGCUCUGAAUCGUAGCACAGAUUCAAGGCAAUGACCUCCACCGGCCAGCCGGAGACAACAGUUGGAGACAUGCCGCAGGUGAGAGUUUUAGCAUGCCCCGAGGUUCCUUCUCUCUUUCUGCCUCACUAUACUGACACAGAGUCAGCCUUCGUCCCUCCCCACUGCUCCUACCACAGCCUGGGACACUGUCUGCGCACCAACAUCUUUCCAGGAGCUCCUCUGGUGUGGAAGUCCCUGGUAAAAGACUCAUACAUCGUUCACCCCUUGCCUGCCCCUCCUACAGACCCCCAGUGUUGGUACGGCCGCAGGACUGAUGACAUGGUGAAAUGGACAGAAAGAAACAUUGUGAAUCAGAAGUUGAACAAGACGCUAAAGGAAAUGGAGAACAAAGGGUCUAAAUGAGGCCAUGAUGCAGUGGCCAUUUCACACCCUCACCGCAGCCCCCUAUGCACCUUCCACAUAAUUUACACCUCUUUUUACACAUAUAUCUACAUGCAAGCCCUUACAAACCCUUUCUGGUACACUAGGUCAUGCACACACUUGCACAUGCACACACACACAACCAUUGCCACAAACUCUCAAAACGUAAAAAAAACAACCCAUGCUAAAACAACAAUUUGUAUGUAGACACAAGUUCAUGAUCUCUCUUUUGCUGCAAUAAAAGCAGAACAGCAUCCUUCACCUUCACCUGAUGUUCUGUGUAUUGUAGGGCUCAUUUACUUCUGAGGGGAUGUAUUCAUAGCUGUCAUCAAAAAAUCUACUCAUAGUACUGAAACUCACUGAAAGUGAUUAUAUGGUUAAACUAGUAAUCUAAUCCAGUUUCUAUCGAUAUUCAGAUGAAACUUUAAAAUGUAAAUUCAGUUUUACCAACAGAAGAAGAUGACAUAAACCACAAUUAGGUGGUUACCACAUCAACCAAUGUUUUUAGGUUGGAAACUUGUAGUAGCUGCUUUGAAGUAUUUUUCAAGUACUUUUUGAAGUAAUAUUGAAGAAAAUGUUUACUUAAUCUGUGCACAAGUCUCAAAUGUACAUGUAAGUAGCUGUAAUCCCCCUGACCUUAUUAUCAAUGAAAUUGCUGAAAUGACAAGAAUA